GAAAAGAGCUCGGAAGUAGGUGGCGGAGAAAAUUAUUAGAAAAAUCGAUCAAUAGCAACCAAAGAUGGAAUAUUAGAACAUAAUUUAUGCCCAACUGUGUUUAUUAUGACAGAGGAAUCUGAUUUCGGUGCCUUUGAGGCAGCGGAGGGUGAUAAAAAUGAUGAAAUUGAAAAUUUGAAAACAAAAAUUAAAGAGUUUGAAGAGAGGGAACUAAAAUAUAAAGAAGAAAAGGAACUUCAAGAAAAGGAAUUUGGAUCAAAAAGAGCCAAAUUUAAGGAAAUAUUCUUACAAAAAGAAGAGGAAUAUAAGACAGAAAGAGAUGCCCAUUUGGAGACACAGAAGAAAGCAGACAUUCUAGCGAAGGAAUUAAAUGACGUGAGAACAGAAUUAGAGGAUAUUAAAGCAGCAGUGUCCUUCUCUGAGUCAAAUAAAGAAGACGCCAUUUUGGAAAUACGUAGACAGUGUAAUCAGGAAGUAGACACACUUCAGGGGUUACUUAAGGAAGUAGCAGAAGAAGCAUCUACAUCUACAGCAGCACAAUAUGAAAAUGAAAGAACAAAACUACAAGAACUGAACGAGAAGUAUGAGGAUGAAGUGAGAGAUCUACGAAGUAAACUCAGUCAGGAAAGAGAAGGGUUUCUAACUUCAGUUGCUAAGCAGUUAAAACAGAUAGCUCCAGGUUCUCUGGGACAACAGUCAUCUAAUCUGUCAAUGGAGGAAGAAAAUUUAGAGGCCAGUAUGAAAAAGGCCCAAGCUGAUGCAGAAAUACUGAAAUCAGUUGUUUUACCUUUAGAAGAAGAGAUUAAAGGGUUGAAAUUCAAACUUGCUACAUAUGAGAGGAAUCCUGAUGAUAUAGGUACACCUCCAAUGAAACAUGCCACUCCAGAAACACAGUCUUUGUCAGAUCUGGAUGCUAAAGAUCCAGAAGAUAGGAUUCAAGAAUUACUUCAUUAUUUAAGAGUAGAAAAGUCGUCAAGGAAAGAUUUAGAAAUGUAUGUGGCUGUUCUGACAACACAGAAAAACAUCUUUGAAGAAGAAUGUGAUAAGACGAAGAAAGAUUUAGAAGAAGUUUGUCGUAUUUUAAAUGAAGAGAAACGAGAGCAUGAACAGUUACAACAGACUUGGCAAAUGGCCAAUGAUCAGUUUUUAGAAUCACAAACAUUAAUGAUGAUGGAUUUACGGAGAAUGGAAAGUGUUCUGUCAGCAGAACAACAAAGACAAAUAGCAGAAAUGCAGAAAAAAGAUGAAGAAAGAAUGGCACAAGAGAAGAAAGUAAAGGAUCUGGAAGGAGCAAAGAAACAACAAGAAGAAGGACGCUUGAUAGAGGCGUUGAAGAAGGCAGAGGAAGCUUCGGAGAAAUUUAAAAAUGCAGACGCCAAAAUGCAAGAAAAGCUAAAACAACAAUCUCAAAAAGACUUAGUACGUGCCAAUUCUCCUAAUAUAACUGCAGAUUUGAACAAUGAGACUGACGAUGAUAAAUCAAUUUUAGAUGCCUCAGAUUUACCAGAAGGAGAUUCAUUUUUAGACAGUCGUGUUUUAGAUUCUAAUGAGGAACUUGAUGGAUUACGUAUACAAAUAAGUCCAGAAAAAGUUCUUAAUUUACCAUAUUUAUCACAGGCACAAACUAAAGCUCUAACAGAUCCUACACCAGAACUACAACUACGACAGUCACUAAUAGCCUCAGCUAAAUCUAAAGUGGACAGAAUCUCAGUGGAUGGUAAAAGAUUGGUAGGACAAAAAGAAUGGGACCUUCUACAGCAACAGUUAAAGGAAUCCCGAGAUAAGUUAGGUAAGCCAUGUGAUAUGUGUAAUAACUAUGAAGACCAGUUACAGAACAUUCAGGACGAUCUGAAGAAAGAACAAGUUAGAGCCAAGUCAUUUGAGAGAAAUCUAAACAGUGAGAUACUUACAACGGAGAGUCAACAAAAAUAUAUAGCAGAACUAGAAGACACGCUCAAAAAGACAGUGUCUGAGGCUGACGAACAGGUUUCUAGUCUUUUAAACAAAUUACAAGAUUGUGAAAAGUAUAUAGAAGAAUUGAAACAGCAGUUUACACAGUCCCAAGUAGAUCUCAGAGAUCAGCUGCAAGUAUUGACAGGAUCCAGAGAAGAAGUUCAAAAUGAGUUGACGAGGUUACAGAAAGAAAAUGACACUUUAAUAGGGAAACAUUCAAAAUAUGCACAACAACUUCAGAAUGAGGAUAUUAACUUACCUAAUAAUAUAGAGGAAAUGCAGUUAUUAUUAUUAAAGUAUCGUGAAGAGAUAAUUCAGUGUAAGGUUGCUAAGGAACACACAGAGGAAACAUUAAAAAGUGAAAUCAUGUUCCUGAAAGAUCAAAUACACGCUGAACAACAGGAGAAAAAUAAUAUAGAGGAAUCUUUAUCACAAGAACUUGCUACAGUGCAGGAAAAACUUGUUGUACAAGAAAGUUUAAAAUCUGAACUAGAAAGAGAAUCUUCUGUGAGAGCAGAUCUGAGUAAAAAAUUAACAGAGUCAGAAACAACGUUAAAGAGUAUUCAAGCUAAAUCAAAACAACUUAUAAAAGCACUGCAGCAGCAAGUUGCAGAGCAAUCUGAGAUUAGAAGUAAAUUAGAGAGUGAUGUUCAAAAAUACAGAAGUAAAGUACAGUCACUACAGAUAGACCUUGAUAAUAGUGAAGCAGUACAGAGAGACUUUGUUAAACUCUCACAGUCAUUACAGAUUCAAUUAGAAAAGAUUAGGCAGGCAGAAACAGAAGUUCGGUGGCAACAGGAAGAUGAUAUUGAUGAUUGUAAUAACUGUAAACAACAAUUUUCUGUCACGAAAAGAAAGCAUCAUUGCAGACAUUGUGGGAGGAUAUUUUGUAGUGACUGUGUAACUAAAACUGUGAACAGUGGUCCGAACUCUCGACCGUCAAAAGUUUGUGAUAUAUGUCAUACAAUUCUUGUUAGGGACGCUUUACCAUACUUCAGUACAGAGCCACCCAGCACGCCCAGCUGAAACUACAACAAAUAAUUAAUCCGACUAAAUGUAUAGAGUGGAUGUGACUGCCAUUUGCAAGGUUUGAGCUAAGUGCUGGGCUAUUGCUAGCAGUGACAUGAGCACUAUGUCAUUAACAUGUGUAUCACAUGACAUAGAUACUGACAAGUUAUGCCACCAGCGUAAUAUAGUCCAGUACUAAGAGCUGAGACUUUUGUUGUUGUUUUAUUUAUUGUUAAGUUGUGUCAAUACUUAUUGUUAUGUUUAUACAGGUCAGUAAUUUUAAAUUGAAGAAGAAACUGAAUUGAUUUGGCUUUUGACAAAUGUCAUGGAGUUCUUCAGCCAUUGUUUAUUUUUCUCAACCCUGCUAAUUAACCUAUCUUUAGUCAAUGUGAUCCUUCUCAAAAUUACAGAAGCUAAAGUUGGUUUUAAAGAAUAGUCACCAUUAGCCAUUUAUAUAUAUACUGGAAAUUCAGAAAUUAUAACGUGCAUUUAUCAUUGCAAUUUUGUAAUUUUAGACUAAAAUGCGAUUUUAUUUUUUGCAAUAUUGAGAAAAAUCCUGUUUAAUUCAUAUAAAAAUUUCAAAUGCCAGUUGAAAUUAUUGAGAUUAUAACCGUGUCACAUUUGUCACAAUAAUAAAAAUAUCACAAUAAUUUCUGAAUUUACAGCAGUCAAGAUUCAGUAAAUGUCAACAUACUGUUUCUUUUUUUUAGUCCAAAAUGAUUUUGUAGAAGUUUUAGUUUAGUUAAGUAAUAAGACAAAUGCAUACUUGCACGAUGUUGCCUUGCACUUAGGCUUGCCAAAAUAAAUUAAACUUAUUGUAUGCAUUUAAUUAUGAGUCCCUUAUCCAAUCAAUUGUUAGUGUAUAAAAGUACAGUGUAUAGGACGAAGUCAGUGUUUUAAUUUUAAAUAUGAAAAGUUUUGAAGUGAUUGUGAUGGUCUGAUUUUAUUCCUAGUUUACCUUUUAGAUAAGCAUCUUCUAUGAUAAAAGCAUCAUGUUACACCAUUUAUUGAAAUUUAUUAUCAACUUUUGUUUACAAUAGUGUUAUUAAAAAUUCAUGGGUCAUUAUCCUCUGAUAAUAUUGUUUUGGGAUAAAAAAUGUAGAAAAAAUUUGAAUUUUCAUUUCAAAUUAUAUAAAAUCGGUUUCAUAUUAGGUUUAAAAUUCAUUAUUGAAAUAUAGGAAUUUAUGCAAGAACAUUAAUUGUUUGUGUACCAAUGCUAUUUCUUUAAAUAAUAACUCAAAAACUAUAAACAGUCUUUCAUUUUCAUUCAUUGUUUUUUAAAAAUGUUGAAGUAUAAAGCGAUAUUUUUGCUGUGAAACUUAUGUUUGCUGCAGUUUGUGUGCAUUAAUGAGUGUUUUCUGUUUGUUUUGGUCCAUACUUUUUGUUUAUUUAUCCAUUAAGUAUUUUUUAAUUCUUCGAUAGUUGCACGUUUCUAUUAAUAAUGAUAACAAAUAAGAUAAAUAUCAAAAGUAUGCAAAUAGAAAAAUUGGAUUUAUUGAGUUAAUUUAGGUUCAUUUACUUUAAAAGGAGCUAGUCAAUUGCCAUAAAGCUAUUGAGUGUUAGUUGUAUUUUACCUGUUCAUUAUUAUUUAACAUGUCAACAGCUUCAAGUGAUUCAUAGGCUGUCAAAGUUUAUUUGCUCCAGUUUGUAUCUCUAGUGGUCAUAAAAACAUGAGUAAUAAUUUCUUUCAAUAGUUUUGUUUUUGAUGACCACAUUGUUUCAACUACACAAAUCAAAGUUUCUUUCUUGUUAUGCAUAACUGUAUCAUAAUAAUAAUUUUAUUAUUUGAUGAUUUUUAGAUAUCUGUGCACAAACAUAGAACAUGGUUCUUCAAACAAACCUUUAUGAAAUUUGUUGAACAUUUAAUUUUGUGCUUCACCUGUACCCACAAAAUCAAUUAAAAUUGAAUAAUGAUGAAUACACAGUACACUGCGAUUUAUAAAGUAGAUACAUCUUACAAUUAAUGAAAGAAUUUGGGAAUGAACAUAUACAUACACAAAUUUAUUUGAAAACAUAGAUUACAAACUUUUUUUCAAGAUUUAUCACUAUAUAUCAGAUGUAGAAUGAACUUUUGGAAAUAAUUGUGAUAUCCUAGUCCCAACCAAAUGUAUAAACGAACUGUACACAAAUAUAUGUGUAACAAGUAUUCAUAUUAAAAAAACCAUAUUAAUUGUAUUCAUAUUUAGUAUUUGUAAUAAGUAAAAAAGUCUGGUUUUAUAAUUAUUAUAUUUUGGUGAAAUUUUGAUAUGAUUACUUUUUAGGGUAGAGCAUAGCAUAAUCUCCUAAAUGGAAAAACAAAAUUGCCUAUCAUAUAUAUUAGUCAUUAUAUUUUUAAAUUUAUUUAUAAAAAAGAAUUAACGCCUGAUUUGGAUUAUUUUACAUUUGAUUUUUGUCAAUUUCUAGCUUGGAAGAUUAUACUUAUCUGCUUGAUUCACUAUAUGACACAAGUUUAAUACUUAAUGAGAGCUGAAUAUAACUAAAACACUUAUCAAUAUUUUACGCAAAUCACACCAAUUCCUAUCUGCUUUGAAUUGUUAAUUACUAAUUUCAGCCUUAGCAUUAUUUGUCCUUCAAUAGUUUUAAUUUGAAUACUUGUAAGAUUGUUUUCUAUAAUCUAAGUAUGUUUGGACAUUGGUAUCAACUUACAUUAUAUGCACUGAUAUGCAUGUAGGUAAUAUGAAAGAAGUAUAAUAGAGUUGAGCAUAAAUAUCAGUAAAUACUGUACAUGUCCCAAGAGGAAUAUUAUAUUGUACAACUUUCAGAUUAAAAAGUUGAUUUUUGCCAAUUUGUUUGCAAAUCAUCUUUUAUUAUAUGGACUUUUUACAAAAAGGAUAUAAGUAUCAUAUUUAACUGCUGUAAACAUCACUUUUUUAAAGCUAAGAAAGAUUUUAAUCCUGGAAAUGGAGGAUAUACUUGUCUGUUUGUAUUUUGGAACUUCUACGAAUUUCUUCACAUACUUCUCUGCUUCAGCAUCCUAAAAAAUACUUUGAAUUUUGGUCCUGAUCCUUUUAAAGUUGAGUUGUUUUUUCCCUCAGUUUUAGUUUGUAACCCCGAUUUUGUUUUUUGUCCAUGGAUUCAUGAGUUUUGAACAGUGGUAUACUACUUUUGCCUUUUUUUAUGUGCCAUCUUAAAAGUAAAAUCACAAAAAUACAGAACUCUGAGGAAAAUUCAAAAGGGUUAGUCCCUAAUCUAAGAGAUUGAUAUCAAUAUCUUUUGCAUACAUCACUUGAAACAUCUUGUUUAUGUUAAUUGUGUUUUGUGGUGAAUAUUCCUUUGCUUUACAGAACAAUGCCAUGUAUUGCCAAUGUAGAAAGUUGAGUUGUUAGUUUUAUUUUUAAAGGUUAUAAGUUAAGUACCAUUAAAUAAAUAAAAUAUUUAUUGUUCUAUUUAGAGGUCAUUCAAUAGGAACUUUAAAAAUAUCCCUGAAAACUAAACAAUAAAUAAAUGAUUUGAUUUUCAAGGAGAAAUUUAAAGUUGUCAUUGAAUGACUUCUAAAUAGAACAAAACUGAUAUUUAUUUAUUUAGAUAAACAAUUCACCUUGAAAAAAAAUAAAUAUAAUGACUCACACUAACUGAUUUUUAAGCAUGAAAGUUUGUAUUCUCUUUGUAAUCACACCUAGGAAUCAUGAAACCUACAUUAAAUCCUAUAUACACAUUAUAUCAAACUUACAGCAAUAAAAAUGAAGUAUCAAAAAUAUAAAUUCGGAUUUGCAUAAAAGUAAAAUGUUAUAUGAAAUUAUAUACCUAAUGGGUAACAUUUUUGAUUAUUGGCCAAAAUAUUUGAUAUUUAAAGUCGGAGUUCAUAUAUAGCAUACAUUAACAUAUGUUAUAUUAAUAUAUAAGAAAAAAUAUUGUUUAUUUGGAAAAAUGAAUUUUUAAGAAUUAUUUUUUGAAGAUUUAUAGAAGUCAAAAUUCCUAUUAUAACUGUUGUUUUGUACUUGUUCAAAUUUUGUGAAUCUUUUGUUAUAAAUUUUGCAUAUGAAUUUGUGAUAAAGAGAUUAGAGUUGUUAACACAUAUAUGCAUGCAUAUUAUAUAGUUUUUCACUCAAUAAUGUAUUGCAGAUUUGGUGUCCAGGAAUGCAAAUUGCAAAACUAGCAGAAGAAACUAUUAUUUCACAAACGUUUUUUUGCUCAUUGAUUCAAUACUUUUGAAAUACAUGGAAUGAUUCAUAUAUUACAUUUCAUUGACAUGUGUAAUUUCUAUUUUAACAUGUGUUAUGUGUGCAGAGAAAUGGUUAUUUUUUUGUUAUUGAAAUUUUAUGAAAAUUUGUUAAAUAAACGACUAGUUCACACUGACAAAUAGUUGAUUGCACUAUUCAAAGCAAAAACAAAUAUUAAUUUAAAUUUGAUUUGGAACUGAGUCAACAAUAUUGGUGCUCUUAUUUUGUACACAAAUCAAUUGUUUGGCACCGAUUAUUAUUCAUUGGUGUUCAAUCACUGAUUACUGUAAAUCAGAAAUUAUUUCAUGCAUUUAUGAAGAAUGUACAAAAAUAUGAGAUUUAAAAUUAUUGCGAUUUCUGGAAUCUCUGCAUAUAGAUCAGAUAUCAGAAUAUCAGAAUACAAGUUCUUGUUAUUGUAAAACUGAUUCAGUCACAUUAAUUAAAACCACACUAUAAUUUCUUAAUUUACAGUAACAAGAUCAGGCCAUGCAGUGAUGUUAUUUUUUUUGUAGUAAGAUAUCUGGAACUAAUAUGUAAAAAUAAUGUGUUUUUGGGGAUAAUAUUUCUAAGCUUAGAUUACUGUUUAACCAGUAUCAUCAUUUGAUAUAUUAAGUAAAUCUAGCAAAUUUUUAUUUGUCAUGGUAUUUUAAUAGCAAACCCUGAAAUCUAGUCUCAUGACAGUUAGCUUGAAAUGUUUGAAUAUUCUCUAUGAGAAAUGUUGCUAUGGAUGUGUUGUCAUGGUUACUCAUUAUACAGAUCCUCGUUAUCAUAUUAAAUUUUUUACAACAAUGUC